CUUUGGGGAUUUGGAAGGGAUGGGGGAUAGGAUGUCCCGCGCUCUGAGCCCUCCCAGGCACUUUGCAUAAAUAAAUAAAUCAGCCCUCAGCGUGCAAAGAGUGGAGGAGGUUACACCGAGGGGGGGAUUCAGUUGGCUCAUCCGAUCCGCGCAGUUCACAGGGAGAGAGAGCAGCACACUGUGUGUGUCAUGUUACAAAGGAGAGAGGCUCAGCCACAGCACAGCUCGCAAGCCUUUGAGAAUUGCACCUUCCUAAUGGCAACUCUCUACGUGCUACCACUUCUUUGCUGCCCUGACAAAUAACCGCAACUCACAGGAACUCGCCCUGCGGCACGGCAAGCGACCUGGACCUGCCCACAACUUUCUUUGAGGUGGAUCUAUAAUAGAAAGGGGAAAUAAACUUGUUCUUACUGUGGCUACCAAUCCCACCGCUCUGUCCUGCCUGCCAUUGACUGGACUGCUGCUACUGGAUCCACCUUAUCUUCACUGGCACCCUGAAUCCUGGAGAGCGCCCUUCUGUGGAUUAUUUAUUCUAUUUAUUUAUUUAUUGUACCUCUGGCCAUGGAGGGGAAGGAGGAGUGGAAAGGUGCUGCUGGAAAUGGUGCCCUGCCAAGGAGUUGGGACAAUAGGCCACUUAGGUCAGGGGUGUGUGGGAAGUGCAGCAGGACUCCGGCGCUGCUGGGAUGCGGGGUCGCGCUAAUGUCUGUCUCUUCCCUGGCUUUCAGCCUCCUACUUUACCUGAGCACUUCGGCUCUACAGUCCAGGGUGUCUGUUCUAGAGAAGCAAAGAGUCGCUCAGCUAUCUGCAAUAGUCUCCACAGACCAAAUGGAGGCAGCUAUUUUAGGAAGAGUUGACCAACUGCUGGAAGAGAAGUUAAAGUCUCAUCUACCAAGGCUGCGAGAAGUACGAGACACCAGCGCAAAAUGCUUUUGCCCGCCUGGGCCUCCUGGAACAAGGGGCAGGAGAGGACAAAAUGGGCAGACAGGACCACCUGGUCCAAUUGGACGGCCCGGUCUUCCGGGAGACAAAGGUGGCCUUGGGAUACCAGGACGAAUGGGAUUAAAGGGUCAGCCAGGAGAAAAGGGUGUUCCAGGAGAACCUGGCAUGUCCAUUAUAGGACCCCGUGGCCCUCCUGGACAGCCUGGAACUCGAGGUUUCCCUGGUUUUCCAGGCCCCAUAGGAUUAGACGGCAAGCCAGGACAUCCUGGGCAGAAAGGAGAAAAGGGUGAGAUGGGUUCACCUGGUCCAAAGGGACACCCAGGAACUUCAGGAGUUAAAGGGGAAAAGGGCCACUGUGGGGAUUACACGCACAGGCUGUUGCCUCUCAUUAAUACUGUGCGGGUGGCUCAGCCGUCAGUCAUUAAAAGACGGAUCUACCAGGGUGAGCAGGGACAGACAGGAAUCCAAGGACCACCUGGGCUCCCAGGUCCACCUGGACCACCAGGGCCAUCAGGACCUCUAGGAGAUCCAGGAUUGCCUGGAGUUUCUGGAACACCUGGAAAAACUGGGGAACCAGGUAAACCUGGAAAGGAUGGAAAAGGCUUACCUGGACCUCCAGGACCUAAGGGAGAGCCAGGAACAUCAGGCAGCCCAGGAAAAAAGGGGGAGGUGGGCGAAUCUGGUUUACUGGGGGCGCCUGGACUUCCAGGACCUGCAGGUGCAAAGGGUGACAAAGGAGAAGCAGGACUGAAGGGGGAAAGAGGCAUGCCGGGAAUGCCUGGAAAACAUGGAACUAAGGGUGAACCUGGAAUUGUAGGAGAAAAGGGCGAGAAGGGCGAUACUGGAAAUGCAAUUGGUGGAAUUAAAGGAGAACCGGGAAAUCCAGGACUGCAAGGGCCACCAGGACCAAAGGGAGAAGCUGGUGAUAUUGGCCAACCAGGAGUUCCAGGGCAGCGGGGAGAAAAGGGUUCUACAGGCUCAAAGGGAGAACAUGGACUUCCAGGACCACGAGGCCCGAAAGGAGAGCCAGGGAAAUCAGAGAUGGUAGAAUACAAUGGCAACAUCAACGAGGCAUUACAGGAAAUUCGAACAAUGGCUCUGGGUCCUCCCGGACCCCCAGGACCUCCAGGACUAACGGGCCAAAAGGGUGAAAUAGGGUUACCAGGUCCUCCGGGGCAUGAUGGAGACAAGGGGCCACGAGGAAAGCCUGGUGAACCUGGACCUCUUGGUCCUUCAGGACCUCCUGGAAAGGAUGGAAUUUCAGGACCAAAGGGAGACAUUGGCCCCAGAGGACUUCAAGGGUCAAAGGGAGAUAAGGGAGAAACAGGUUCACCUGGUCUUGAUGGCCCUACUGGAGAAAAAGGAGAACAAGGUGACCAAGGAGUUUUGGGACCCCCAGGUGUCCCUGGACUUAUUGGGAUUCCAGGACUUACAGGAGAGAAAGGAGACCCUGGAGAGAAAGGAGAGUCUGGGAACUCCGUGUCUGGGCCAUCGGGUCCACCAGGGGUUUCUGGGCCAGUGGGCCCUCCUGGACCAUCUGGCCAAAAGGGAGAAACUGGUGCAUCAGGGGAAAAGGGCAGCCAUGGAGAAAAGGGAGACAAAGGCCCAAUGGGUUUGCCAGGGAUCCCUGGACCAACUGGUGUUCCAGGACCAGCUGGACCAAAAGGGGACAGGGGUAAUAAAGGAGAUCCUGGAGUCACAGGACCAAUUGGACAAUCAGGGCUUCCUGGUUUACAUGGACCACCUGGUGAGAAGGGAAGCCGGGGGGAAAGGGGGAAGAAAGGCUCUAGGGGUCCUAAAGGGGAUAAGGGAGACCAAGGAGCGCCUGGAUUAGAUGCACCCUGCCCGUUGGGAGAAGACGGUUUACCAGUACAGGGCUGCUGGAACAAGGGUCAGACACCAUGGCUUAUUGCCAAAAAAUGAAGCUGAGCUAAAUUUAAGAUGGCCGACCUGACUUUUAAGGAUGAAGACAAGUGUCUUUCAUAUUUGAAGAUUUGCUGAAGUUGUUUAGACUUCUGGUGAUGAUUCUUGGAUUUUCGGUGCUGUGAUAGCAAUCCAUAGUCCAGUCCGGGAGAUAAAAUACCAGAUCUUACUUCAGUUUUAUAUCAGCCAUGGAACUCUCCUGCAUCUUUAAUGGGAAAUAAUGAAGCAGGGACAAGAAUUUGAUGUUCCUUUGGAUUUUUUUGGUGGUCUCACUUGGACAAAAUGGAAAAAGAACUGGACGGAGUUGGAAAAUUUCUUCCUGUUGAACUAAUGAAAUGUAAGAGAAAAAGAACCAGCAUGGUCCUUUCUUCAGAAAUAUCCUUUGAAUGAGAAUAUAUUGUUUCAAGGAGGACAGACUUCUGCCAAGUACCUUUUGAUGAUUCCAUCUUUUAAAAACCCUCUUUUAUUGAAAACACACACUAUGCAUUUUUAUUGAAUUGAAAGAUUGUAUAUUAUUAAUGCCCUUGUAAUUUACACUUUUACUACAGUAUUUUCAUUUUGUUAUUUUAACUGACUGAGACAUAAGUGGAACUCACAUAUCUAGGAUUUCAAAUCACUGCCACGGGUAGAUGGAGCUAUCAUAUUUGUAUAGACUCGUCUAUCUGCCAACUUCUAGUACUGCUUUUCUAAUGACUUAUCUGGAUGAAACGCUAUUUAUGGUGAUGAUUUUUUUAAAUGUGUAUAGCCGAUUUUAGCAUCAUCUUUCAUUACUGGCCUAAAAUACACUUUCUAUAGGAAUUAAUUGUUUUAGUAAUGGCCAAACUGAAGCUACAGAGUUCUCUUAUUCCUUUGGCUACUAAAGUUCUGCAGUAGUUGUGAGAUAUGGAACCUACAACUGAGUGAUUGAAUUCCAGCAAAGUGGGUAAAACCCGAUUCAUUUUGAACAUUUUUGUCUUUCCAGUUUUAACCCCAGAAACUGCCAGAAGUGCCCAUAUAGGUGCUGUUCCACUUGGGGGUUAACAUGUUUUGGGUAAAACAAUAUAUACUUCUAUAUAUAGUUUAUCCCAUAUAUAGUUUUCCUAAUG